GUCGGCGCGAGAUUAUUCACCUAGAUACGAUUGAGAGAUAAGUUCAAGUACAGACAUGAAUUUCCUGAUUAUUUGUCCGAUUUUAGUAUUCGUUUUACUUAGUUUUGAGACUCCUGAAGUCACAUCACAGGCCGUCAUUCCAGGAUAUGGAGCACCAAUAGCUUACUCCAGUAAUAAAAAUGAUGACGACAUCGGCAUUAUUUUAGCAAUUCUUCUUUUAGCUGCAAGAGGGAGAGGCUUCGGCUGUGGCUGCGGUUGCUGCAACUGUUGCAAUUGUAACAAUAACAGUAAAAGUAUUCCAGUUCCUUUUCCUAUACCCAUCCCUACCAACAAUCCGAUAAUCAGGAGAUACCAGCCUGACAACGAGGAUAAUGAUGAUGGGAAAGCCAGUGAGACAUCAGCAGGAGGCGGCGGGGGAGGAGGAGGGGGUUCAGCAAAAACUAAAUCAGAACAAGUUAUAAAUGUUAUAACAGAUACAGAUGAGAACACAAACACUAAUGCCAAUGCACAUAAUAAGAAUAACAAUAAGAAUACUUCUCACAAUAAAUCUGGUUCUAGUGCUAGUAGUGCUAGUAGUGCUAGCAGUGCAAGCAGUAGCAGUGCUGCAAGCGGGAGAGGUAGAAGGCAAUGAAAAAGAUGAAUGUGAUACGGGUUGUUAUGGUUCCUAAUAGAAACUUUGUUAAUAUGGUUAUAAUUAAAGAUGUUGUAAUAUA